CGAUACACCACGUCAGACGUGCCGCCGCCGCCAUGUCUCCUGUGAGAAGCCUGCUACUCGCCUGCCUCGUUGGUCUUGCCGCUGGCAAGAAGAACGAGGACCCGCGCGACUGCGAGGUCUGCAGGGCAGUCAUUAGCCAGAUUGACGAGCUGGUCACGCCGGCGGAGCGCAAGACGGUGGAGGGCAUUGAGGCUGUCAUGCAGAAGUACUGCGAUUCCGCCAAGGGCAAGGAGAAGACCAUGUGCUACUACAUGGGGAUUGGCGACAAGGAGCUGGGGACCGCCGGCGGCGUGAAGCGCGAGGUGAGCGGCAGCCUGAGUCGAGGGAUCAAUGCCAAGCGGCUGUGCACGCGCAUGAAGAAGCAGGACGCGCAGAUGUGCGAGCUGCGGUACGAGAAGAAGGUGGACGUGAAGAACACAGACCUCUCCAAGCUGCGGGUCAAGGAGCUGCGCAAGAUCUGCGACGACGAGGGCAUCCCCACCAAGGGCUUCAACGAGAAGGGCGAGUUCAUCAAGGCCAUCAAGGACAAGUUCGGCAUCAAGGACGAGAUGUAG